CUCGGCCGGCGCGCGUACCGUGUGGGUGUGUGUCAUGAAUUAUGACUGCGUGUGCGCUCUUUGAUGUGGUAAUAGUGUUGAUGUGACAGAAAAUAGAUCAGGAGGUGAAUUAAGCCGCAUAUUAUUAUGUGAGUGCUGAAUCUGAGUGUAACGAUGGUGAUUCAGAAGGGCAUGUGAGGCGGAGGUCACCAGGUGUCACACUAGUGUACUGGACGGGUCAAGGCGAGGGUGGGCGGCCCGACACCCUGCCUCAUUCUCCUAUUGAACCUGCUAGUGUGACUCAGUGAACCAGUGAGUCGAUAUGCCUUCGGUGAGCCCCACCGACCCAGGUCUGCUGGAGGGCUCUCCGCCGCCGUCCGUCAGCCCCGCCGGCUGCGUGGAGCUGGAGGGCUCGCUGGCCGGCCUCGGGGACAUGCCCCUCACCUCGCAGUGCUCGGUCGAGUCCCUGGGCUCCCUGGACAGUGGACACAGCUCCUCAGCGGGCAACGGCGCCGCGGAGAGCCACGCGGGCAGCCCCUCGCCCGGGCCCAUCAUCUCCACGCCGCCCCCGCCUGCCGCCACCAGCCCCACGCCCUCCGCCUUCUCCACGCCCACCAGCCCAAGAACGCACCCGGAGGACCGUUGCGACAGCAGCGGCAGGAUCAGUGUGGCGUCCAUGGGCUCUUCGCAGGACCGUCCUCCGUCAGGGAUCAACCGAUCCCUGUCCAACACUUCCACCGCUUCCGUCGCCUCCACCGACACCGUGGACACCCUCAAUUCCACCGACACCAUCAACUCGGCCGCCACGAGCGCGACGAACAACACCUCGACCUCGACCUCCACCUCGACCUCGUCCACCACAAUCGUGACGCCCAUCAAGUCCAAGGAGGAGCUGGACUCCUACAUCGACCACCUGGACUCGCUCUGGUCUCAGGAGGACGAGUGGAUCAUGAUCUUCGAUAACCUCAUCAGGAACACCGAGGCCUCCACCCGCUCGCGCCGCCACACCCACCACUACAGCCACUACCACAACAACGGCACCACCAGCAACCACUCCUCGCCCUACCACUCGCCCUACAAGAAAGGAAAAGGAGACGAUGAAGUGGACAGAGCGAGUCGAUCGCUCCCCCGCCGCCCACUUGCUCUCCGCAAGAAGGUCAAAUCCGGAGGCAGCAAAUCAAGAGCCAGCAGCGCCCCUCCUGUCAGAAGAUCCGUCCUUGGGGCUGCCCUACCCCCAAAGAGUGCCGGAGCAGGGGAGAGUGGUGGUGGUGGGGGCCCUCGAACAACAAUCAAGAGAGUGCCAUCUAUCAGUCGGGGGAGAGCAGGGUCAUCAUCCUCAUCUACAGCUCCUGCUGGAGCUGUGGAUGAAGCCUCGUUCUUUGCCUCAUUUGAGGAUGUUCCUAAGGUUAACAUUUACUCUGCCCGGGAACUGGAGGACAGCCUCACUAAGAUCAGGGAGGUUAUCUCCAGCCCCAGUAAUGACUGGGACAAGAGAGUAGAUGCACUGAAAAAAUUGCGAAGUCUCUUAAUUGCUGGUGCCAAUGGGUAUGAGGAGUUUUAUCCUCAUCUUCGGCUUUUGGAACCUGCCAUGCAGUUGUCUAUCAAAGAUCUCAGGUCACAGGUGGUCCGAGAAGCAUGUAUCACCGUUGCAUACAUGUCCCAGGAACUUCACCAUAAGGUUGACCACUUGUGUGAGACUGUCCUGCCAAAUCUUAUUUACUUAAUACCCAACAGUGCCAAGGUGAUGGCAUCCUCUGGCGUUGUCACGAUUCGAUUUAUAAUUCAAAACACUCACCACCAUAAACUAAUUCCUAUCCUUUUGCGAGAGAUCAGUAGCAAGAAUAGAGAGAUCCGCAAAGUCUUGUGUGAGGUUUUAGAUCAAUUAGUGCAUACGUGGCCCACUCAUUCUAUGGAAAAGCACGUUCUCAUCCUUGCCGAGACAAUUAAGAAGGGAAUCACAGAUGCUGAUCCUGAAGCAAGAGCCUUCUCCAGAAAAGCAUAUUGGGGCUUUGCGGGCCACUUCAAGGACGAGGCAGACAAACUGCUGAACUCGCUGGACCCGAGCUACAAGAAGAUGCUUCAGGGAGAGAUGAGCAUGUCCAAUUCAUCUUCAUCACAGUCUCUGCACAACUCCCAGAAGUCAGCUGGAGCGCGCCCCGGGUGGUCACGUUCCUCUUCGACGGCCGGGAGCACAGAGAACCUGUCUGGAAUGUCAUCAAGACUCCCCCAAAGUGGCAUGCGACGCUCUGCCAUCCCUACCCCAGCCUCCCACCGCCCUCAGGACUCCUCAGACUCCCCCGCCCCCUCCCACACACCCACCAACUUCCGCUCCAACAGUGCCAUUGACCUGCAGGCCGCAAGGCGUGCACAGGCUCGUUCACAGUAUGCCCAGGCCCAGAGACUCAAGGUGGGCUCUGGAGCGUCACUACGAACUGAAGGAGAGGACAAAGCACGUCCAAGAAAAACGUCCGAUCAUCCGCCCAUCAGCUCUAUCACAUCUCCAGACCGCAUGGGAAGACCCAGAAGCCGAGGCGGAGUUUCUCAGUCACAACCUGGUAGUCGCAGUGGAUCCCCCUCAUCCAGACUUAGUUAUGCAACAUACUCUUCACCUGGAGACUCAGGCACCUUAGGCCGCUCUAGACGCAGGAGUGGAAUUCCACGUUCCACAGGUACUUCGCGAGAACCUUCACCUAGCCGUUACAGUGGGCUGAGCGGUAUAUCACCAUCAAAGUCUCGUUCAAGAUCCAUCUCAGGUGCCUCAGAAAUGCCUCCCCAGGUACCAGGGAAAUCUCGACAGGUCAUGGCCCAGAAGAUCCUACAACAGAGUCGUGAAGCAGAGAGUGCGUUAGCUGACGCACUGGUGAGUCUGCCACCAGGAGGAGGAGUCCUUCGUUCUCCAAACAGAAAGAUGUACAGUAAAGCCUUUGAGGACCAAUCUGACAACGAUAGCGAGACCUCCAGUAUUUGCUCUGAACGUUCCUUUGACUCCUGUAGGAGAAGUGAUCAAUUCUGGUACGGAUCACAACAACGUAUUCUCAAGGAAGUGUGGGAGCCAACAGUGAAGAUGCAGGACGUGAGUGACAUCAUCCUUAACUGCGCAUCAACACACUGGGGUGACCGAAAAGAAGGCUUGAUGGCCCUACAGGCAUUCCUUCGUGGCUCUCACAUGCUCACUGGAUCUGAGCUGAAGAGGGUCACUGAGAUCUUUACCAAAAUGUUCAUGGAUGCUCAUACAAAGGUGUUCACACUCUUCCUCGACACCUUGAUGGAGCUGAUCAUGGUACACAAAGCUGACCUGGGCGAUUGGCUUUAUAUUCUACUUACAAGGUUGCUUAACAAAUUGGGAUCAGAUCUGCUGGGAUCUGUGCAGACCAAGAUCCACAAAACCUUAGAUUUAGUCAGAGACUCAUUCCCAUGUGAUCAACAAUUCAUUGUUCUAAUGAGAUUUCUAGUGGACCAAGCUCAAACUCCAAACUCCAAGGUGAAGGUGGCAACACUGACGUACCUCAAGUGUCUGGUGGAUGUGAUGGACCGUGGCGACCUCACAGCAUCCCCCGACACCCCAAUGGCACUGGCUAAGAUCCUUACCUGGACUGCUGACCAGAAGUCCCUGGACAUCCGGCGGGCAGCUUCAGCGUGCUUCAUUGCAAUGUUCAACUGCAACAUCACGGAGUUCACAGCACUUUUGCAGCAGCUGCCUUCUGCCUGCCAAAGCACAGCAUCGCAGAUCAUCCAGAGCCACCUGAAGAGAGCGGCCAGUUUGGAUGCCUCGCCCUCUUCCCUGCCCACCCGCACACCUCCCAGUGCUGGCGGGACUCCCGUGCUUCAGAGCCCCAAUACCUCACUCCCACGCUCGCAUCGGUCAUCGCGACACAAUACAAUUGAUUUUGAUGAUACGGAAAAUCUUAAUCCAGAAGAAGUGUAUAGGAGUUUGAAACGCACAACAGCAGAGAUCCAGAACUAUAGCUUCGACCUGGAUUUAAGUAGUCGCAGAGAUAGUUUAGAAAAACAUAGAGAUUCUACGUCACAGGACUCUGGGAUUAGUCAAUUAUCAGCUGGUGGGGGCGACCUUCGCACCAUAGACACUGUAGAUGACAAAGGUGUGGAGGAUACCAAUGGCAUCCUUUCUGGGAGAUCCUCAAGCGUUUCGUCACCCACACAUCGCAACCUCUCCAUGAUGUCCGACUCUUCGAGAAACGGACUUGACACCCUCACAGACGAUGAUCUCGGUAGAGGAGAUGGACAGGAGAGUGAUGCGGAGAUAAUGUCUGGCGUAGUGGCAGAGCUAGGUAACACAGAGGAGGGACGCACAGCAGAAAAACGUGCUGCGUUGACAUCUCUAAUACGACUGGCGCGUACAGGCUCCACUCUAGUCUGGAAUGAGAAUUUCCGUGCUGUGCUGAGGUUGUUGUUAGAGAGUCUUGCGUGCGACGAUGGAGGUCAGCGUGCCCUGGUGCUAGCCGUUCUGACAGAGAUGAUGAGGAGAAGUCCCCUUGUGCAUCACUUCCUUAGUUUUUCGGAGCUUAUCAUCCUUAGGGUCCUCAAUGCACAUGCUGACAAAGAAAAGGAAGUCCUUCGAGCAGCAAGUGUUUGUGCAGGAACUGUAGCAGAAAUCCUUCCUCCUGAGGUCGUGAUUCGGGUGUUGAAGCCUCUUAUUCAGAUGGGAGAGUAUCCAGUGAAUCAAGCGGCCAUCAAAAUGCUCAAUAAACUGGUUGAAGCCCACCAACCAUCCAUUGUUGCUGCAGCAUUGCCUGAAAUCAUGCCUGGACUCAUUAAGGCAUAUGACAACAAGGAGUCCUGUGUACGCAAGGCUUCAGUGUUCUGCAUGGUAGCAUUGCAUAAUGCUGUGGGAGAGGAUGCAAUGCGACCACACUUAGAGAGUCUUACAGGAUCCAAGUUGAAGCUCCUCAACCUGUACAUCAAGCGUGCUGAGACCCAGAAUUCGGGGGCAUCAUCUCCAAAGUCUGAACCACCACCUUAAUAAUAAUACUAUAUGUGGAGGUGAAAAUGGCGGGUGUUUUGGGGAUAGGGUAGGGGUUAGGGGGUGUGGCAGAAAGAUUAAUUUUAUUGAACCUUUGAUUGGCUCAAAAAACAAACAAGAAAAGAUUUUGUAAUUAGACGUUUUGAAAAUAACAGAAUAAAUAAUAAAAAAGCUCUGUAAAAUAUAAAUGACUCAGAUUUUACUAAUUGAUAUUAGAAUAGGAAAUAUAGUUGGCCAACAGUUGCUAAUUUUAUGAAUACUGUUGUAUCUAGAUGUACACAAUAUUUCUUUAAGAAUUAUGGAAAUAGAAUCUGCCCAUGACAGUUUUGGCACAAAAUUAUAGAAAAUAUGUCCUUGGAAGGUGAAGUGCUUAUAAAAAUAAUAAACAAGGACAAAGCUAUUGUGUGUAAAAUUAUGAAUUUAUGAAUGAGUGCGUUGGUUGAGAGAACGUGACUCAAGGUUGGAUUGACUCCUCAACAUUGUGGUGCCAGGUGGUUCUACCAUAGUUUUACCAGUAGUUUUUACUGACAUAUUUGCUUACUUGGCAAUCUUUGUGUGAUAGAUUACUUUGUGAUUAUUGAUAACAUAGAUAUGGCUUAUCCUGGCAAAGUGAAAUAUUAUAAACCAAUUGUAGGAUGUUAAGGAGCAGCAAAUGUGCCAUUAGGGGUGCAGUUCAUGUUAACUAAAGGAGUUUACACUUGUUUCUUGCUGCCUACCUUCAGUUUCUCCUGCAUGGUCUACUCUCUUCUCUUGGAAAAGAAAUGUGAAGUUAAAUAUUAAUUCCCAAUAAAGAUGAUAUGAUUAUUAACAAUAGUAUAACUCAUAUUAUUAGGGGCUGGGAGCUAGUCAAUUGUGCUUGGAGGUGACACCAUGAUAGUCUUAUAUGCCUUUGUUUGUAACCCCUUUAGCUGACAUAAUGAUACUAAUGUGAUUGGUUUUCACUGGUCUCUUGUAACUAUACAGUUGCUCUACAUCUUAUUCAAUUGUUGACUUGGGUCUGAAUGUAACUGACUGCAAUGCCUCUGACUCUGAUGAUCAUCUGGUGUGGUAUGACCAUAAUGGUCAUUUGAGACAAGUAUAGAUGGAUGUGUGGGGCCCACCAUUCCAGAAGAUUCCCAUGCGCCUGAUGGCUUUGUGUGAAUGCAGACUUGGAAUGUAAGAUAGUGCUGUGUUUGUAAUAUAGUUGAUGUACAUAAA